AAUAAAGAGAUCACUUCAGAUCAAUCACAGGAAGAAAUAAAAAAAAAUUAUAAUAUAUUAAAAUCGAAAUUUAGUAAUCCCAAAACUGAUUCAGAUAUACUUCUUUAUAACACUCUUAAGAGAAAUUUGAAGAAAUAUAUCAACCUCUUAGAGCUUUUGUGGAAUAAUCAAUUGGCAAAUAUGAUUGUAGAUGAUAAUUCAAUCUUG